CACUUCCGGUCGGCCGGAUGGCGUAAACACAGAGAAUAGGAACAUUAGCUGGGAGCUCUACGGCUUCGGUGCUCUAAAGGAUGGAGCCAAGGCUCUCAAAUAGGUCUUAUAAUCGUGUCCAGUGGCUUUGCAGCUUUGCCAUAUGCGCCAUCAUAGGUACAUAUCCAGUUGCUUCUAUAGAAGUGUACACUCUCAGUGAGGUGUUUGUAGAAAAUGGAACUACUGGAAUACUUAAAUGUACUUUCAAAUCGAAUCAAGUGAUCAGCAGUCAAGCAUCAGUGUCCUGGUCUUUCAUCCCAGAGGGCUCUUUGGAUUCUACUGGUGAAUCUAUUUUUCACUAUGCUGGUGGUAAAGGGUUCCCAGGCAGCACUCAGUUUAAGAGCAGAGUUGAAUGGGCAGGGGACCUGAACAAAAAGGAUGGUUCCAUCCGUGUCAGUAAGAUGCAGUUCCAAGACAAUGGCACUUACACAUGCGACGUGAAGAACCCUCCUGAUAUAUCAGGCAAACCUUCACUCACUAAACUUAGAGUUGUGAAGAAAGAGUCCCUGCCUCAGACGAGCCCUGCAGUGAUUGUGGGCGGUGUCAUCGGCGCAAUAAUUGGUGUCAUCAUCAUCGCCGUAGUGGCAUAUCUGUUAAUAAGAGUAAUGAGGUCCACCCGCGACUACGAAGGCUGCACCUCCAUAGAGAGUGUAAGCACACAGGCAGCUCGGCCGGGAAAGAAAGCUGAGUCAAGCACAGAGGGCUCACGCUGUAGCAGCCCCUCGGCUCCAGUACAGGGCCCGGUGAUAUAUGCUCAGCUCGAUCACUCUGGCAGUAAGAGCUCCUUCCACAAGAUGGAGCCUGUGGUAUAUGCUGACAUCCGUAAGAACUAGAAUGAAAGCAAGAGAACAAACAGUAGUACUCAUUCUUCAUGCAACAAUACAAUUUUUAAAUGUC